CUAGUCCCAUUCCAAACCACACUUGAGGUUGAGGUUAAUUGAGGUUGUAAGAUUAUUGUCCUUUUGUGUUAUCUCCACAUCAGUCAUUGAUACUAAAAUAUUUGGUGGUUGUUGCCGUCCGUAGUAAGUAAUUUACUUCUUGUGUUUUUAUAUCUCUUAAUACAUAUAAACUUGAUCUGUUUCCUAUGAGGUGACCGUUUUAAUAUUUGUAAUUGAUUGUAUGGGUAUGUUUUACUUUGAGUUAAUUGUUUUAAUUAGUCCCUACAUUUUACAUUUUUAUAAAUAGAGAGAUUAUAUUUUGAUUUUUAUAAAAUUAAUAUAUGAAUUUUAAAAGAUUCGCAAUUAGAUAUAUUCGUUAAUUUUCCAAUAUACAGUUUUUAUUGAAAAUUUAAUUUUAAUGAAAAUAUAAAUAGGAAUAAAUAUUAUAGCACCUACUUAUUAGAGAAGUGUUCAUAUAUUGUGAUAUUGGAAACUCUCUUGCAAGUUUAGUACUCCAAUUUGAAGAGUUUACUUUUACUUGUUGUGUGAUUGUUUUCGCUUAUGACUUCAAUCUCGAUCAAAUCUGUGAUUUGGAGAAGAAAUAAAAGUAUUCGUUGCAUAGAUCAGGCUAGAAACAUAAACAUAGGAUGAUUUUGAUUACUACUCUGUUUUAUACUUGAACUUUGUCCUCAAGCUCUCAACUGCAUCUAUUUCAGUUUAGUCCUUACGAAAAUUAAAACUCAGCAGCGUUAUCAAGAAUUUCAGAUUAAUGUUCCUCGUAUGUAUGGAGGAGGAAAUUGUCAAACAGGCAUUUUGUCAUAAUAUGGAUAGGAUUUGCGCGUUAAUUGAAAAAUGUUUGAAUGUAACAUCAAUUAUAAUGCCUGUGUCUAACUUAGGAUUUUCUGUAGUACUCUGUUGCUUUGAGUUAAGGCUUCCACAGCUAGUAAUCAAGACCUUGCAGUAUACAAUGGAUCCUAUUAUCUAUAAAGCGGCGGCCCACGGCAACCUGGAGGCCUUAGAACAAUAUCAUAUCUCCGAUCCACUAGAUGGGUUUUUAACCGUUAAUAAAAAUACAAUCAUACAUAUUUGCAUUUCAAGUAUCCUCGUUGAAGAAGACUCUCACGCUGUUGGAGGAACCGACCAAGUCUCUGCGGCAAAAUUUGUGAAAGAUGUACUGGACAAGUGUCCGUCACUUUUAUUGAAAGCCAACACAGAAGACGAUACUCCGUUACAUGUGGCGGCAAGGUAUGGACAUGCUUCCAUCGUCAAAGUCCUGAUUGAACAUCAAAAAUCCCAACACCAAGAUCUCGAAAGUGGAGUUGUUGAAGCUACUACGGAGAUGAUUGGGAAGCUGAACAAAGAGAGAGACACGGCUUUACAUGAGGCUGUAUGUCACAAUCACAUUGAAGUGGUAAAACAGUUACUAACGGAGGUAGAUCCAGAAUUUCCGUUUGGUGCUAAUGUUGCUGGUGAGACCCCACUUUACUUGGCUGCUGAGAGACGCUUUCCAGAAUUGGUGUCAGAAAUUUUAAACGAAUUGAAGUCACCAGCUUAUGAUGGCCCCUUGGGUAGAACGGCUUUGCAUGCUGCAGCAUUUUAUGAUAAUGACGGAGGAAUGACCAAAAACAUUUUGGAAAGAUACGGACGCGAUCUAUGUAAACAAGCAGACCAAAAUGGUUGGACUCCGCUUCACAUGGCUGCAUACUUCAAUAAGAUUGAGGCAACAAAACUAUUGUUGAAAUGUGAUAGAGAGGUAGCAUAUAUGAAAGACGCAGAGGGUAGGACAGCUCUUCACAUUGCAGCCCGUCGCGACUGUGUUGAUGUAACAGUAGAUAUUAUAUCAAUGUGUCCGGAUUGUUGCGAAGUGGUUGACAAUGAAGGCCGCAAUGCACUCCAUCUCGCCGUACACAACUGGUCAAGUGCAGCGCUAAUCAUCCAAAAUAAUUCGUCUCUCCGGAAUCUUUUGAAUCAGAAGGACAACGACGGGAAUACACCUCUCCAUCACUAUUGCAAUUACAGUUUUGUUGGUGACCAGCGUGUCCUGAAUUCUCCAAGAGUUGACAAAAUGGUCUUCAACAAAAAGAACCAGAAUGCUUGUCAAAUCUUAGAAAGUAGAAACUUACCGGACGAUGAUUUUGAGUUUCCACUACCAUUCCCCACCCAGAAAGGUAAAAGUUGUAAUAGGAAUGCAAGAAGGAGACCAUGGGAAAGCGCAAGAGGCCAGCUCUCCAGACACCUAGGGAGACCCUGAAGUGCCGUGAGAGCUCAUUGGAGCCAUCCAUUUUGGAUAGGUUGGAAGCCGCCUACCAGUUUAUAAUUGAAGUGUUGCAGCUCUUCAAAGAGCUAAGGAGGAUCUUGAACAAAGAUAAGGCCAAUUAGGAAUGGCCUAAUUAGUUAGCAUUUCGACAAUGGAUCAUGGAGACAAUAGAUGAAAUGAUAUGUUUUGAUGACUUUUAA